AUGAGUUCCAACGGAAGAGUUGCACAACAGAUCCGUGAACUCCAAAGACAAAAACGCUUCAAUGGUGGGGCGCUUCCGAAAAAUUUGCUAGGAGGUGUUGAAAUUCCUGAAGAUGCAUUUGACAACACUGAUAUUCCUCGCCGAAUGGCCUUGAACGCAUCCAAAAAGUCCGAUUCAGAUCUACACACUGCUCAGAACUCCGUGAGAAACUUAUUGACAGAGGGCCCGGAAGGCUGCUGUACAUAUAAGAACAACGAAUUCCUCAUUCAAGAAACGCUAAACGGUUUCGACCUUCGCCAAUCUGUUCAUGCUAUCAGGCAACUUAAGAAGCUCCUUGAAGGCCCAGAAGACAGAGAAUUUAUCAUGGAGGAGUUGAAUUUCCUACCAGAUAACGAUUCAACAUACAAGAUGCAGAUUGAGUGGGAAGAGAUACUCUGUUGCCGUUUCCCAACGCACCAACUAAGAAGGCAUGGCUGGAGUAAUUUUAAAAAUGCUAUGGCAGAUUUGAAUCUAGCCCGGGAAAAGUACGAAGUGUAUAAGGUGAAGUUGGCCUAUGCACGGCGUGACACGAAAGUUGGUGAUCCAUCCAAAGCUUUGAACCCAGAAGAGGCCAAGGAGUAUUCAUGGAUCAUGGAAAAACGAGAAUCUUGUGUGCUCGUCGCACUUGCAUCUAUUUUUGUCGGCAAUGCUGAAGCAAUAGACUCCACAGUCCACUUCCCGGGGGUGAAAAACACCGAACUAUUAGACUUCUUGGUAUCAGCUAUUUCGCAAGGGAGUAUUGAAUCAUGCGAGGUGGAGGACGUUAUAGAAAGUAUUCACAAUGUCGUUCUCCCGUGGAUUUUCACUUACGAUCAAACCGAUUUUCGGUUCAUAAAGUCCGAUAUCACUCGUGAAAACUAUAUGUGGAGCAAGAGAACUCUUUAA